GAGCGGCCAUUUUGAGCCGAGCCCGGAACGGAGCCCCUAUGGCCGGGCAACGGCGACCCUGUGGCCGGGAUUGAGCGCGCCAUGGAUGUGCGGAGGCUGCGCGUCAGCGAGCUGAAGGAGGAGCUCGGCCGCCGUGGCCUCGACACCCGCGGGCUCAAGGCUGAGCUGGCUGGGAGGUUGCAUGCCGCCCUAGAAGCCGAGCAGGCCCGAGGAGCGUCGGGCUCGGGCUCGGACGGAGAGUCGCUCUCCGACGGACACUAUGGCAUCCGUGACAACACUCGCCAAGACAACCGGCAAGGAUAUCAGUCUUUUGAGCAUUUCAAUAUUAAACAGGAGAACGAGCUGGGUUACGAGCGGGGAUCUGUAAGCCAAGAUCGAUCAGAAAUGAAGACAGAAGUAAAGGAAGAGGAGGCCGCUCCCAGCCACAACAUACCGGCGUCUGGUUACAACGCACCCCCCUCCAACUACAGUUCUUCCAUUUCUGGCUAUAAUGCCUCAGCUUCCUCUUACAAUGCGCCCCCCUCUGGGUAUAACACCUCAGACUCCUAUCAGCCCUGGCAGCAGCAGCAGCAGCAGCAGCAGCAGCAGCCACAGCAAGGCCACAAGAGGACAUUUGACGAGUCCAGGGGGCGUGGAUAUUAUGAAUAUCGCGAGGAUAAAAGGGGUCGAUCUCCUCAGCCGCCUGCAGAAGACGAUGAAGACGAUUUCGACGAGUCCCUGGUGGCCAUCGAUACAUAUAAUUGUGAUCUCCAUUUCAAAGUUGCCCGCGAUCGAUAUAGCGGAUACCCUCUGACCAUCGAAGGAUUUGCUUUCCUCUGGUCAGGUGCACGAGCGACAUACGGGGUGCGGCGUGGAAGGGUGUGCUACGAGAUGAAGAUCAAUGAAGAGAUCUCCGUCAAACACCUUCCUCCCACUGAACCAGAUCCUCACGUAGUGCGUAUUGGCUGGUCACUGGAUUCAUGUAGCACUCAGUUAGGCGAAGAGGCUUUCUCGUAUGGCUACGGAGGCACCGCGAAGAAAUCUACUAAUUGCAAGUUUGAAAAUUACGGUGAGACCUUUUCCGAGAACGACGUCAUCACUUGUCUUGUGGACUUCGAGUGCGGUGAUGACGUCGAAAUGUCCUUCAUGAAAAACGGGAAGUGGCUAGGGAUGGCCUAUCGACUACGGAAGGAGAAUUUGGGAGGGCAGGCCCUCUUCCCUCAUGUCCUGGCGAAGAACUGCGCCAUCGAGUUCAACUUUGGCCAAAGGGAAGAUACCUUCUUUCCGGUUCCACCGGGAUUCACCUUCAUACAGCACCUCCCGCUGUCCGAGCGAGUUCGGGGCACAAUUGGACCAAAGAGCAAAAGGGAAUGUGAAAUCUUGAUGAUGGUGGGGUUGCCUGCCGCUGGGAAGACUACGUGGGCCAUUAAGCAUGCCGCAGCCAAUCCAGCCAAGAAGUAUAAUAUUUUGGGAACAAACGCCAUUAUGGACAAAAUGAGGGUAAUGGGACUCCGACGGCAGCGCAAUUACGCCGGCCGCUGGGACGUUCUCAUCCAGCAAGCGACACAGUGCCUGAACCGCCUAAUCCAGAUUGCAGCCCGGAAAAAGCGGAAUUACAUCCUGGAUCAGACAAAUGUUUAUGGAUCAGCCCAGAGGCGAAAAAUGCGUCCUUUUGAAGGUUUUCAACGCAAAGCUAUCGUAAUUUGUCCCACGGACGACGAUUUAAAAGACCGGACAAUAAAGCGCACGGAUGAAGAGGGGAAGGACGUGCCGGAUCACGCAGUGUUAGAAAUGAAAGCCAACUUUACCCUGCCAGAAGCUGGCGAUUUCCUCGACUCGGUGGUUUACAUUGAGUUGCAGCGGGACGAGGCCGAGAAGCUGGUGAGGCAGUACAACGAUGAAGGCAAGAAAGCCGGCCCGCCCCCCGAAAAGCGCUUUGACAGCUGGGGCGGUGGCGGCGGCGGCAGUUUCCGUGGCCGAGGGGGCGGCGGAGGGUUUCAGCGCUUUGACAAUCGAGGCCCGCCAGUGGGCAGUCGGGGCGGCUUCCAGAACCGAGGAGGUGGUGGCGGAGGAGGAGGAGGAGGAGGAGGCGGCUACAGAGGCAGCAGUGGAAGUGGCGGUGGAAUCGGCGUUGGCAGCGGUGGUGGAAGUGGAGGCUUCAGCCGAGGCAGCUACAACCAAAGCCGUUGGGGGAGCGGAAACCGAGACAACAAUAACAACACCCGAGGCAGCUACAACCAGAACAACCAGCAGCAGAGCAGCUACAGCCCGGCACGUGACCAGAAUCCUUACAAGAGCAGUAGCAUGGCUCCUGCCCCUCCUCCAGCCCUGGGCCCUGCCACCAACCCCCCUCCGGGGUCGUACAAUCAAGGACCACAGCAAAGUUACAGCCAGCCCUACAGCCCCCCUUCCAGCUACAGCCAAGGGGGCUACACUGCUCCCAGCUACAACUACGGGAGUUACGGCAGUUACAGCCAAAGUUACACCCAGCCUCCUCCGCCGCCAGCCCCAACCCCACCAGCCUACAGUCAGCCCAACUACAACCAGUACCAACAGUACACCCAACAAUGGAACCAAUACUAUCAGAACCAGAGUCAGUGGCCUCCGUACUACGGCAACUACGACUACGGGAGCUACACGGGCACCUCGCAGGGCAGCUCAAGCACACAGUGAUAGCUCGGGGAAGGUGUCAUUUCCCCCCCCCCCCCCCCCCCCCCCCCCCCCCCCCCCCCCCAGGGAAAAGGAACAGCACGUUCUUAACAGUGGCGGGCAUUCCUGAAUCUUGAGAGAGAGCCGGAAAAGGGGAAGUUGGGUGUCUCCGCCCAGUUUCCCUCUCUAGAGUUCUUGAGAAUGGUUGCGUUUUUACUUGUACAGCUAGGCAUGUUAUGUCCUUUCUGCCAUCCUUCAUGAGGGAAAGUUACAUGGUUCCUUGUCUCUCCUUGUUGAAGAUCAUUUUAGCUUCCCCUCAAAACCCCCUCCCUCCUUUUUUUUUCCCCUCUUCUUUUAAGAUUUUGUUUUAUUCCGUAAGAAGCUAGGGUCUUCAGCGUCAUAAAAAUGUACUCCUCUUUUUUUUUUCUUUUUUUUUAGGCCAGGACCCACCCAGAUAUAUAUAAACUUCCUGCAGUAGUUGCGGGGCAGCAUCGGAAGGGGCUCCCGUAGGAUGUUCCUCCCUUCUCUCCAGGGGUGUCCGCAGGGGAUGGUCCAGUCAAGUGGUCACAAUGCACGUUAGGAUUUGGGUCAUGUUGCGGCCACUCUGUUUGUGGACCGCCUCCUGCAGACCCCCCACCCCCCACCCCAAAUUCUCUCCACUCCGCCUCCACCCAAUCUGCUAGUGACCAUAAAUUCCACACCUUUUGGAAACUUCUCGCAGUUUGGUGUCACCUGUCUUUGAGGUGUUUUUAUCUAUCUAUCUUUUUUUUUUUUUUGCAAAUAACCAUUAAAACCGGAGGGGAGGAAAAAUGGCUAUCUUAACAGUAAUUAUGAUUUUUUUUUUAAAAAAAAAAUAUUUUUUUUCUGUAACUUUUUACUGUGGGUCAAUAGCUGUUAAUAUUUUCAUCAAGAUAACAAUUCUGUUAGUUCAGUACAGGAGAGGAUUUUAAAAAAAAACGGGGAGAGAAUCAUCUUAAAUGUGUAACUUUUUAUACGACGUUUCAGUUUCUGUAACUCUGAACCUGCUUUGUGUUGAGUUGAAUUGUAACAGCUUUUUGUAUUUGGAGAAAAAGAAUGAAUAUUGAACUUUAAA